AGCCCUGACCGUAGUUGGACCCAAUGGCAACAACAGAUCCAUGCUCAAACCUCCUCUAUUUCAUCGAUUGCGAAUUCAAUUCAUCAAAAAUAACCGGAAGGAAGGCAACACUUCUGGAAGUUGGUGUUGUGAUUGUUUCUCCUUUUACACUGGAAGAGUGUGGAAGCCGGCGCUGGUACAUCAAGCCUCCCAGUGAGGAAGAUGUUUCGAAACGGCUGUUAAAAAACAAAGAUUAUAAAAAUAAAGCUACACCCUUUGAAGAGAUAGCUGUGGAACUCUGUGAGUAUCUAUAUGCCAAAGUUUGGGUGGGUCAUAAUAUAGUUAAGUGUGAUUUGGAUUUGCUCAUGAGUACAUUUAUGGCAUCAAAAAUGAAAUUCAUGGUCCGCGAUGAGGAUGGUGGAUCAUCUACAAUUGAAUACCCAGUAGCAUCACGAAUAAUUGACACGUGUUCAUCAUUCCAAACAUGUGGUUUUACAAAAGGGAAGAGAGGUGUUACUUCCAUUAGUCUUGAGAGUUUGGCCAGGCAUUUUAAGAUGGACGUCAAACAGAAACACGACACUCUUUCAGAUUGCCGAUUACUCCUUAAAAUUAUAUUGCGGUGCAGUGCUGUUCUCUUUUUGGAACCGGGAAAGAGACACAACUGUGCUGCUGCAGAGCAGUAUCUUUUAAAAAAAAAUGCAGAAGAUCAAAAUGAACCUGGGGAUGAUCACUUUCUAGAAGAUCAACUUGUGGACGAGGACAAAAUCAAUGAAGAUGACAAAAGAAAGCCAAUGGAGAUGGAAUCAGCGCAUCGGUAUAAGAUUGUGCCCAAACUCGAAGAGGAUCCUUACGAUGAAUUACAGGGGGCUGAGGUGAUAAAAAAAUACAGCAAUUUGUAUGAUUCUGCUCGGACUGCCGUUGUUGUUGAGGAUAAAGAUCUAGUAUAUCUAGGUAUGCUCAACGAUUAUUUCGUUAAAAAUAAGAAAGAAGCUACGGUUCUUAAUAAGUUACUCUGUGAGGGGGAAACACGUAGAGAAAACUUAAGCAGCCAAUAUAAAGGACUGCCUCUGAAUUGGAGAGGUCGAGUAUUUGUUAUGAAACAAGGGCAAAAGGACAAUGGCUUUUAUGACAUAUUUGGAAAAGAUAGAGUGGUCAUAUUCCUCCAUUAAUAAAAGGACCUCUGAUUCUUCCCUGGCAUAUGCUAUUCCUUCCGUGGAUCCUUCCAGAUAACUAAAGAAACAAGUAUCUUUUCCCCGAGUUUCAGGUUCCUGUAAACAGGACAGCCAAUCUCCCUAUGUUACUGUUCACGCGCCAUUGAUUUACUAAGCAUGGCUACGUUUGCCAGAGGAUGUGGAUGCUAAUGCUAGAAAGAUGUUUAUUGAUGAAGUGAUGGAGCUAGUUGAGCUUAACCCAUUGAGGUGAGCACAUGUUGGGUUGCUCAGUGUCAAUGGUCUCUCGACCGAACAACACAAAAAGCUAACAAUCAUGUUCAGUUAGUGGCUAACUCAAACAUAUUCAUGGAUGAGCCAAUUUCAAGACUUAAUCCUAGAGCUGCUGCAGUGGUGUAAGAGCUGUGAGAAACAUUAUUGAUACUGGUUGAACCGUCGCCUGCACUAUUCAUCAACUCAGAAUCAACAUUUUUGAGGCCUUUUGAUGAUGACAGAGCAUGCAUGUAUGGUGAAGAUGGUAUUUCUGGGCGUGCCCCGUUAUGUGGACAUGAGGUUAUUGAAGGUGAAAACAUGGUUGCUUCGAUUCAAAAUGUGAAGGUUUUCUUGGAAGGUUACUUUGGGUUUAAGCAUGAGUUUCUUGGAGCGGUUUCGAUUAUGACUGUAUGAUUAGGCAUGGACCCGGAAUAGAACUGCUAAUCGAAGUUGCAGAUUUGAUAUGGUGAAGUUGACCCACUUUUUUCAAGUGGCAAUGCGGCAUGGAUAAAAAUCAACAAUGUGAUUCCAAUCAUUUAGCAGAAUUCUCACUAAAGGUCCAAAUCACUCGAAAUGUUUCGAUGGCAGUCGCUGGUGACUGGUAGGGUUGGCCCACCUGACAUGAUUUUUGAGGCCUUUUUAUGAGAGAGGACUACAAGAGAUUUAUGUCCUGCCCUUGGGACGUAAUUCAUGCCAUUUGAUUGUUACUUUGAGAGUGGCGAAAAUCAAGGAAGAAUACAAUCCAACAACAUGGAUGUUUGAUGUGACAACCUCAGCAGCUCAAAAAUGUUAUUAGGAGUUGAUUUUACAGAUGUCUACAAGAACUCAGAUCUAUACAAAACAAAGUUUUGAUGAGUGUAUUAAGCACACCUCGCCCUUGUUCCAAGGACUUGUAUUUUCCAACACACUACUGGCAGUGUUUCUGGAGCCAAUUUGUGGCCUGUUUGUGGAAGCAACACUGGUCUUAUUGGCGUAACACAUCUUACACCGCAGUUAGGUUCCUCUUCACAACUGUCAUUGCAUUGGCUUUAUGGGCAAUAUUCUGGGCCCUUGGUACUAAAGCUCGGAGGAAGAAAAUUUUGCUUAAUGCAAUGGGGUCCAUGUAGAAUGUGGUUCUCUUUAUUGGAUGUAUUCGGCAUUGCCAUAUGCCUUCGGACAAUUAUGGUGUUAUUGUUUAUGCUAUGAUCGGAUUUAAAUGGACAGUGGCCAAGUUUUUCUGGCCCUCUCCAUAAUAUUGAAGGUGAAAACAUGGUUGGUUCGAUUCAAAAUGUGAAGGUUUUCUUGGAAGGGUUACUUUGGGUUUAAGCAUGAGUUUCUUGGAGCAUCCAACUUCCCGUAAAGAUAGAGGUGCCUCUGCGUUCUUACAAGUAUAUGUACACAGUAUGAUUAGGCAUGGACCCGGAAUAGAACUGCUAAUUGAAGUUGCAGAUUUGAUAUGGUGAAGUUGACCCACUUUUUUCAAGUGGCAAUGCGGCAUGGAUAAAAAUCAACAAUGUGAUUCCAAUCAUUUAUCAGAAUUCUCACUAAAGGUCCAAAUCACUCGAAAUGUUUCGAUGGCAGUCGCUGGUGACUGGUAGGGUUGGGCCACCUGACCUGAUUUUUGAGGCCUUUUGACGAGAGAGGACUACAAGAGAUUUGUGUCCUGCCCUUGGGACGUAAUUCAUGCCAUUUCAUUGUUACUUUGAGAGUGGCGAAAAUCAAGGAAGAAUACAAUCCAACAACAUGGAUGUUUGAUGUGACAACCUCAGCAGCUCAAAAAUGUUAUUAGGAGUUGAUUUCACAGAUGUCUACAAGAACUCAGAUCUCUACAAAGCAAAGUUUUGAUGAGUGUAUUAAGCACACCUCGCCCUUGUUCCAAGGACUUGUAUUUCCCAACACACUACUGGCAGUGUUUCUGGAGCCAAUUUGUGACCUUUUUGUGGAAGCAACACUGGUCUUAUUGGCGUAACACAUCUUACACCGCAGUUAGGUUCCUCUUCACAAACUUUCAUUGCAUUGGGUUUUUGGGCAAUAUUCUGGGCCCUUGGUACUAAAGCAGCAUGCAUGUAUGGUGAAGAUGGUAUUUCUGGGCGUGCCCCUUUACGUGGACAGGGGGUUAUUGAAGGUGAAAACAUGGUUGGUUCGAUUAAAAAUGUGAAGGUUUUCUUGGAAGGGUUACUUUGGGUUUAAGCAUGAGUUUCUUGGAGCGGUUUCGAUUAUGACUGGUGUGUUCCACAACCUCCCCCCACCUUUCAUCAUUUCCUUGGCCAUUAAAACAUCCAACUUCCAGUAAAGAUAGAGGUGCCUCUGCGUUCUUACAAGUAUAUGUACACAGUAUGAUGAUUAGGCAUGGACCCGGAACUGCUAAUAGAAGUUGCAGAUUUGUUAUGGUGAAGUUGACCCACUUUUUUCAAGUGGCAAUGCGGCAUGGAUAAAAAUCAACAAUGUGAUUCCAAUCAUUUAUCAGAAUUCUCACUAAAGGUCCAAAUCACUCGAAAUCCGCACCCUAAUGUCAGACCUAUGACAUAUGCCGAAAGCUUCUUCCAAAUGUUCUCUUAGCUCCAACACAACCGUAUUAUGCACGUCGCCGACAUAAAUCAUGGUUCUGAAAGGCAGGAGAAGAGUCAAGAGAUGCCUCAGAACUUGCUGACAUUACCAUUUGCUUGCCAUGCAUGAUUCUUUUGGGGAGCCUCUAAUUACCUCACUGCUUAUAGGAAUUCUUACAGGACUUAUAUCUUGUAUGCUGACAAAAUAUAGGUUUAUAGUUUCAACGACACGUUUGAAAGAUACAAACUGGUGCGACUAUAAACACUUUAUACUUUCCG